AUGUCUGGCUUCAGGAACGAUACAUUCGAUGACCGUGACACUGAACAUCUAAAGUAUCAAGGGAGGAGCUGGUUUCUCGCAGGUUUUUGGAACGCAAGCAAUGUUGGAACGACGGGGACACUCUCAUCAACGAACGGCAUUAAUGACACUGUUACUUUUAACCUGCUAUUGCGUUCUACUACUUUGGAAUUCCACGCUGUUGUGGUGGUCAAUAUGGGAUUUGCAUUGACUGCGACCCCAACAAACCAAACUUUAAAGCAAUAA